GGCGAAAACUUAUCCCACUAUAUUUCAUCAUAACCUACCUAGUAGGAAUAGUUCAUAUCUCUUCGGCGUUCACGUCCCGUGAUCGAUUAAAUUACAACGAUAAAAGAAACCGCAUAAAUUUUCGAUUUACACAAUAAUAGAAACACGACCGCGCUUACUUAUAAUUGGCCGUAGCCAGAUUUUCGAGCAAUAUUUCUAGAGACCGGAACACGCGCUGUCGUUGAAUUGUCGCGUUCGAUGCCAAAAGCAAAGGGUGUUGCGUUACGCGGGUUAGUGGACUCGGACGACGAGGCGGCGGAUAUCCUGGGGGAGGAUACGGUGGUUGCUACGAAAAUGGCGCCAGCGAAAGGCCGCGCGACAGCUGCGAACCGAGCUGCCAAAUCAACUCAGAACGCGACGCGUCAAACGAGUGGUAAGACAGCCGCUUCGAAAGCGCCAGCGCGAAAGGUCUUGGCUGAUAAACCGGCGAAUGUUCAAGAUAAACCCACACGAGGGAAGGGGAAAAAGCGAGCGGCACCAGAAGAACCUACUCCCACGGCGGAUGAUGAAGACGACGAAAUUUCGAUGGCUGUCGAGGAAAAGCCCAAGGGCGGAAGGGGACGUCCAAGAGCCGCCAAAGCUGCGAAGAUAUCAAAUGAUUCGGACAUAUCGACCGUAGAUCAGCCAGAGCCCACAGCUCAACCUGUUGGCAAAAGAGGGCGUAAGCCAAAGGCGAAGGACAACACCCCACCUCCCGAAAAGGAAAUACCCGAAACACAGCGUGAAAUUCCGGAAACACAAGCGGUCGAGACGACGGAGUUAAGUAUCGAAGAGAAUGAUCGGAUAGAAGACUUGCCCUCUCAUCGACCCGUGUUAUCAUCUGUUCAACGUCCUCAAUCGAGAGAUCUGUUCGGUACAGAUCGAAGAGCAGUCCCGGCAUCAGAUUCUGAACUUCACGAGCCGGCAAUACGGAGGCGAGUGGGAGAAUUGACGCGAAAGUACGAGAGUCUAGAGGCGAAGUAUCGGGACCUUCGAGAGAUUGGUGUUAAGGAGGCGGAACGCAACUAUGAUCUCCUUAAAAAGCAGACAGAGGACAAAGCUAAUACCGCUAAUCAACUUAUUGCUGCCUUGAAGGCGCAAUUAUCUACACAGACUGAGCUAGCUAAGGAGACACAACGCCUAAGACAGCAAUUAGAGGCUAGUCAGACCAAGGUGGAAGAGCUACAAAACAAGGUUGACGAUACGAACGCUUCUUUGACGGGAGCAAAGACAGAAAUCAAGACACUCACUACGAAGCUAUCCGCUGCCCGAUCCACCGAAGCAUCGACAUCGAAGGUUCCAGGCAGUGCUAUUAAAGGCAAUAACAAUUUAAAUAACCGACUUCUCGCUAAUGCCGAGGCGUCUGCCCACGUAGCACAGAUGAAGGAAGACUUGUAUGGAGACUUGACCGGCUUGAUCGUUCGUGGCGUCAAGCGAGAACAGAAUGGCGGUGACACGUAUGAUUGCAUUCAGACGGGCAGAAACGGGACUCUCCAUUUCAAACUUGCCGUGGGCUGUGACGAAACGUCGGAAAAGCCCGACGAGCCUCAAUUCGUAUACAUGCCUCAACUAGAUCCAAACCGCGAUCAAGACUUGAUUGAUUUGCUACCAGAUUACCUUGUGGAGGAGAUAUCUUUCCCCCAAUCUCACGCCGCAAGGUUCUAUUCAAGAGUCAUGAGAUCCUUGACAGAACGUCCGGAAUGAACGUAAUCGUAAAUGAUGAACGGCGUCUGGGUUAAGUUCAUUCGGUUACAUGAAGUUGAGGCGGACAGGGGGAGAGGGUGAAUUCUUGUACAUAUUCGGACUCGGAUACCAGAAUAAUAUCAUUACGUGAUUCGGUCCCCGAUAAAUACGCGUUGAAACGGGUUGCAUAAA